UAGCUUCUGGUUUCUUUAAAUACUCUGUAAGGAAAUGAAUUUUUUUUCACUUUGUGAUGCUAACAGAACCCAAUUCCUGUAAUUUCCAUUUUGAGAGGUUGAAGUUUUUCUUCCAUUUCUGUAAAUGAACUCUCAUAAUAUAAAUUUCCAGGGCCAGUUUCAUCAGAAACAAGCCAUGAGUAGUGACUGCAACAUCGAAUUUACCAACCAUUAUUCCUCAUAUUUUGCUACUCAACCGCCCUGGAACCUGAGAAUCAACCACGGGCAGGCCCUGGAUGGAGCUUCCGGGCAGGAAAACCUCGGCCCUGGAAGAUCUUCCAGCGCCAUCCUCGGCCAGUUUGAGUCGCCUGCUUCAGCUUUUUAUGCCACUGAAAGGUUCAUGGGCUUUCCUCAGUAUGAUUCUCAGACUCGAAACAGUCCUGGUUGUGAUUUAGAAUUUCCUGCUUAUCAAUCUUCCGGGGAAAACUUUUCUGGAGCUGUUUCAUCUCUGGAACCUGGAGAAAACAUUGAACUCCGUAACGCCUUGUUAUCCAAGCUGAAAUCUCAGAAGUAUUGUGGAAAUCUAUUUCACAGCAAUGAGAUCCUUGAAACCAAGAUUUUUCCUCCUGAACAAAUCAAGAUGUUUGGAAGUGAAGCUGUUGAGAUUCCAGAUCAAAGAAUGAAUUAUAAUACUUCACAGCAGGAGAAGCAGUCUCUGAGAUAUUCUUUCGGGGGCACUUCGGCUUCGUCCGGAGGUUCAGUUUCAUCCGGAGCGGUGCUUUCGUGCAAAACUCGAAUUCGAUGGACUCAAGAUCUUCAUGAGAAGUUUGUUGAAUGUGUCAAUCGCCUUGGCGGCCCUGAGAAGGCAACUCCGAAGGCUAUUCUGAAGCUGAUGGAUUCUGAAGGAUUGACAAUCUUUCAUGUGAAAAGCCAUUUGCAGAAAUAUCGGAUGGCCAAAUACAUACCAGAGUUUGCAGAAGGAAAAUCAGAGAAAAGGGAAAUUCUGACUGAUGCAUCUCAACUUGAUGUCAAAACCACCCUGCAGAUCAAAGAGGCUUUACAACUUCAGUUAGAUGUCCAGAGGCGUCUCCAUGAACAGAUAGAGAUUCAAAGAAAUUUGCAAUUGAGAAUUGAAGAACAAGGGAAGCAGCUCAAGAUGCUAUUCGACCAACAACAGAAAACGAACAAGGGCAACUUGAAGACAACUCAGAACCUGGAUAUUACACCUGAAGAUGAUCCACUGUUUAGCCUCGAAGAUGUUGAGGUUUCAACUGCAGAAAAUUCAGGAAAUACGCGCUUCCCAUCUAAGAUUAGUUAGAUUAUAAUUAAAUUACAAAUUAUUAUAUAUUUUUCUUACAAAAUUACACAUGGGAUAGAUUUCAAAAAAGGUUACAUUUCCUGUAAAAGUAUGAAAAAUCACAUUCUAUUGCGUACCUAAAGAAAAGAAAUUGUAAUUAUUUGCUUUGUAGUUGUGAGUUUGUCCAAAAGAAGUAAAUACGAGUUCAUCCAUACCUUUUACACUUUUGAAACGUGGGGUUGAUA